GAGGAUGAAGACGAGGAGGGUGUGGAGGAGCUGCUGGGCCCCUCCCCGCUGGCGCUGGGGCCCGGCGUGCAGCGCGUGGCCGUGGUGCACCCGGCUGUCAAGUGGGGCCCGAAGAAGUCGCCGCUCACCUCGGGCCCUCCAGAUGAAGAGCCUGAAGUCUGAACAAAUGUUUUGGAGUGCUUGUUGAAACACCACAGGUGCAACAGGAAAUCUGUGCAUUUUACAAGCAACACUAACAGUAUGAGGAGAAAGAGGAUCAUGGUUAUCUUUAGAAAUAUAUUACCUUUUGGACCAAGGUAAUCUAUUUAAUACACAAAUCAUGUUUUGCUAUCCAGAGAAACUUGACAAAUGUGUUACGAAAAGGGGGAAAGUUUGGCAAAUUGAAACUAGAUCUACUGAUCUGAUAUUAUGCUGGUGUAGUCUUCAUGAUUUCAAGUCCUCAAAAACCAAUGCUUUGCCAUGUAGAUGUUUAAAAAAAAAAAAAAAAAAACAAACUUGAUGAACCAGAAUACAGGAUUGGAAUAUGCUGGUUUUAGCAAGUCAUAAAUCAGUGUAGGUCCUUUAUGAAUGGGUUGCAGUGAAGUUAGCAGCUGGAUAAGCUGUAUUAGUAAUCCUUUAAAGCAGGGGUCCUCAAACUUUUUAAACGGUGCCAGCGCGUGGAUGCAGUGGCAGGCAGUCAUCUGCGGCUGCUUGGUAUCCCCCCCCAACCCCCGGCAGGGAUGGGGUGGGGGGCUUCUGUAAAUACCGGGGGCCGGAUUGAGGACCCUGGGGGCCAUAUCCGGCCCAUGGGCUGUAGUUUGAGGACUCCUGCUUUAAAUAUUGCCACAAAACAGCAAGGAAUUAAUCACAUGGGUUUGUGCUCAUCUGAAAUAACAGUUUAUUUUCCAGCUAGUUACUCAUUUCACUUGUUGAGGCAAAAAGCUUGGUAAUUUCUUUGCUGACAAUGCAAAUAAAAAUUCUUCUAAAUCAACAAGCAAGGAAAUAAUUUUUACUGGCAGAAAGAUGCUUUGUGUGAGAAAGUUGCAUCAAACUAGAAGUUUUGUUGCUCUGAUUAGCAGUAAGACAUUUUGCUCCUGGUGCUGGCGGUUGAAAUCAAUACCAUAGUAGAAUUUCGGUGUAGCUUAGUCUCUCUGUUAUGCACAUACCAGUUAUUGGAAAUCUGAACAAAGUUAAUGAUGGUAUAUUACAAUAUUUUUUUUUCUUUUGUGUGUGUGUUCCUAAAGCUGAAUUACAGAUUGCUGAAGCUGUUGCUCUUGUAGAUACACUUCAGAACUGGACAGUUUUAGAGAAAAUAAUUAUUCCUACAAAAAAUCCUGACAAGAAAUUUAUUUUUGGCAAAGGAAACUUUCAGAUUUUGACAGAAAAGAUUAAAAAAUUGCCCCACGUGACAGCUGUCUUCUUGAAUGUGGAAAGAAUAUCUUCACUAACAAAGAAAGAACUAGAAGAUGCCUGGGGCGUGAAAGUCUUUGACAGAUACACUGUUGUACUUCACAUUUUUCGUUGUAAUGCCCGGACCAAAGAAGCAAAACUUCAGAUAGCGUUGGCUGAAAUUCCACUCCUCAGAUCAAAUCUGAAAAAUGAGGUGUCUCAGCUAGAUCAGCAAAGAGGUGGAUCGAGAUACAUCAUGGGCUCAGGUGAAACAUUCAUGGAGACACAGAAUCGUAUCUUGAAGGAGAAAGAACUUAAAAUUAGGAAUGCCCUGGAGAAACUAAGAAGAAAAAGGUCUUUACUUAGAACUCAGCGCAGAAAACGCGAGUUUCCCAUUAUCUCAGUAAUGGGCUAUACUAAUUGUGGAAAAACUACCUUAAUCAAAGCCUUGACUGGGGAAGCAGGACUUCAACCCAGAGAUCAGCUGUUUGCCACUCUUGAUAUUACAGCCCAUGCUGGCUAUCUUCCUUCGCAUAUGGCAGUUAUUUAUAUUGACACCAUUGGGUUUCUGACUGAUCUUCCACAUAAUCUGGUUGAGUCCUUUUCGGCUACAUUAGAAGAAGUGGCUUACUCUGAUCUGAUCGUUCAUGUGAGGGAUAUUACUCAUCCAGAAACCAUCCUCCAGAAAGCAACCGUUCUGUCAGUUCUGAAGAAUCUUAAUAUUCCCAGCCAUUUACUGGACUCAAUGGUAGAAGUUCAUAACAAAGUGGAUUUGAUAGAAAGGCAAGCAGAAGAUGCUAAGUGUACUUACAGGUAUAAACCCACUGAAGAAAACGCUUUAGCCAUUUCUGCUCUACAUGGAUAUGGUUUAGAAGAGCUGAAAGAAGAAAUAGAGAAAAAAAUUUUGACAGCAACAGGGAAGAAGAUUCUGACAGUCAGCGUCAACUUAGAGGGACCUCAGCUAAGUUGGCUCUAUAAAGAAGCGGCAGUUCAGGAAGUAGAAGUCAUGCCUGAAGAUGGCACAGCCAAGGUGAAGGUGAUAAUCAGCAGUUCUGCUUUUGGCAAAUACAAAAACCUCUUUCCCAACAGUAAGAUUUUUAUGCCAUGAAGAUGCAUCCUUUUCUAGGAAAGAAACUGAUCUCUUUUUAAGAGGAUGUGGAAUGAAGUUAAUGACCUGUUAGUCUGGGUGUUGAAGAGUAUAUUUCUUCCCCAGUUGAUGUUUUUGACACAUUUUAGAAAUGGACAUUGUUUCUGAAGAACUUAACGUUUGAAAACAGUAAGAGUUUUGGGCUUCAUUCUGUCAGCAAGUGCAAGAACAGCACUGAAUUUUUAAUGUUGUUGGAUAUAAGCUGUGGACCUCAAACACAUGGACAUCACUGGAUGGCAUCUGAAUUAACCUUCAGAAAAUUACCAAGUUUCUUAUAUCAUACAAAUAAAGCUUUUUACCCCAUUUUUCCGAAUAAUACUUGUUACGGUUUGUCAGAUGGUCCUUGGAAAAUGGAAGUUAGUGAACAAAAUGUUGUUGGCUAUAUAUAAAUAACAGAUAAAUAUGUGUUCAAGCAGAAUACAUGAACCUAAGUAAAAUAACUGCCAUGUCUUACUGCAGCGAAGCAAAAAAACCACACAAUUUUUAUAAGCAAUAAAUAAAGUUAGCUGUGAACAUC